AUGGUGGUUGUUAAAGACAGCAACCCUUGUAUCAUUUCUCUCUCGGACAGGAUAGCAUUUCAGCGCGCACUUGGCCUCAUCGACUCGAGCAACAGCAAAUUCUGGGGACCUGGGACGUUUUGAUCCAGGAGGAUGGACAACAACACCGAGAAGGCUUAUGCCCCAAUUGCAGCUCGGGAGCGAGGGCCUGGACCAGGGAGAUACGGAUUGCCUCCCGCCAUUGGGUUUAUGGGCCACGAUCUUACCAAGCACAUGAAUCCAGCCUACACUUUUGGGAGAAAACACAGCGGUGCAUUGUAUUACAACAGCUGCAGCCCCGGACCCCGCUACUACGUUGAUCCAAAGAUCACUCGAUUCGGCAGGAAUGGAACUCCAUCCUACUCCAUGGCAGCUCGAGUGAAAACCUGCGAUCUUUCCAAGAUACCAGCAACACCUGGACCAGGGGCAUAUAAUCCAGAGUGCACGCCCCACCUCAAUGAACACAGGUCGCCAGCUUACACAAUGGGAUCCCGAACCAGGUACCGCAAGCUGGACACAGUGCCUGCUCCAAAUAGCUACACGCUUCCAUCCCUGAUGGGACCAAAGGUUCCGACCAAGCCCUCCAGUGCUUGUUUUUCGGUUACUGGCAGAACAAGGAGAGAAGAUCUGUCCAAAACCCCUGGCCCUGGCAGGUACAACCGCACUGACCCCAAUAUUUACCUCCGCAAACAGCCGGCGUACUCAAUGCUGGGCCGACAUGAGUUGCCCACCUAUUAUACUCAGAAGCCAGGACCUGGAGCACACAGCCCGGAAAAAGUGACCAUCACUAACCCCAGUGUCCCGGCAUUUUCACUGGGAAUGAGGCACUCAGAGUAUGUGACCCCUCUUAUCAUAAAUAUGUCAGAUUGAAUUCCAGCUCCGUGGCUGCAACUGGAACUUUAAAGCUUCAUUCUAUUCUGAAAUCUAUGCUUGUUUUAAAGUUCUGUACACCAAUAAAGCUAAUAUUUA